AUGGACGGAGGUGUUGUUCACCCUCAUCCAGGGGUGGUACAUGGUGGUAUGCCUGGUUUAGUCCAUGGUAUGCCGGUGCAUGGAGGUGGACCUGAUGGGGAGCAUGCCCCUCAUGGUCCAAGGCGUCGGUACCAAAACAGACCUAAGCCACCAAACAAUUUGGAAAGGCUACCAUUAGAUGAAGCAGCUAAGAGGGAGAUGGAGUCCUUGCCAAUGAAGACACCAGUGUCAGUGCUUCAAGAAUUGCUUGCCCGCCGAGGAACAGUUCCAAAGUAUGAGUUAGUGCAGAUUGAGGGCAUGAUUCAUGAACCAACCUUCAGAUACCGGGUCACUGUUGCCGAUUUAGUCGCAAUGGGCACAGGCAGAUCGAAAAAGGAGGCAAAACACUCGGCAGCAAAGGCACUUCUUGAUAAAUUGACAGGUGCAGCACCUGCUGAUCAGAACACUAAUGGCAAUAUACCAGAGACGGGUGCAGUUGUGUCUUCAUUUGAAGACAAAUUAUUGGGUAACCCUGUGGGAUGGCUUCAGGAGUUGUGCAUGUCUCGGUUCUGGCCUCCGCCAUCAUACCAUGCAGAGAAUGAUGACAACGUUAAUAGACGUCUGCCACAUGAGCGCCAAUUUACGAUUAUAUGCACCUUACUGAAACGUCGUGAAGUUGGUACAGGCAAAUCUAAGAAAUUGGCCAAAAGGCAAGCUGCUUACAAGAUGUGGCAGGCACUUCAAGAUAACCCACCUGAGACUUUCCAACCCGAGGAUGAGGGUGGUAUCGCAUCACGUUAUGCCGACUUGAAAGAUAGUAAAAUCUCCACAUUAACCACAAGUCACAGCCACAAGGUGUCGCAGUUUCACAAACACCUGAAACAGUCUGUCGGGCCCAACCUGGCCAAGUUGCAGGUAACCCCGCUGAACAACAAAGACUUCAACUUUGUGAAGUUCCUUCAAGAGAUCGCCACGGAGCAGUCCUUUGAAGUGACUUAUGUUGACAUAGAAGAGAAGUCGAUGGCGGGUCGCUGCCAAUGCCUCGUCCAGCUCUCGACUCUCCCUGUGGCCGUCUGCUACGGGUCGGGGCUCACCAGUAAAGAUGCCCAGUCUUCGGCAGCUCACAAUGCCCUCGAGUACCUCAAAAUCAUGAACAAGAAGUGA